AUGGAAUGAAAAAUGCCGAUUUAAUAUAAGUAAUUUACAGAUACAAGAGCCAAACUAUGGAAUGAGGAAGGUUAAAAGUUUUUACACUACGCUAGAACUACGUAAUGGCAAGCACGUCGUUAACUUCCCGGAAGAGAAGAUAAUUUGUGGCAUUAAUUUGACAAGUAUAACAAAUAAAGCAACCAAAAUAAAGUUGAUCAUCACAGACAGCGAUGAGGAGACUUUAACUAUUGACUUUUCCAAUGACACCAGUAUGCAAUGGUUUAAAACAUGCUUAAGAGCAAAAAAAAUAACAUUUAACGUUUCUGGUUGGAAAAAUAAAAGAAAUCUAACUAUGUAUCAACUUGCAGAUGACGCGUUGUUAAUGGUUGAUCGUAUCGCCGUUUUAGGAUUUUAUCACAGGGAGGAACCCAAAGUAAGUAAGUGGGAAUUUCUGAACCACUACCCACUGGAAGAAGUGUUGAACAUCAUGAGACCAGUGCUGCAAAAAGCUAAGUCUGCAGGUGAGGUGGCAGUUCGGAACCUCUCGUCAAGUAUCCGUAAGAAAGAAAGUGCAACUGACUACCGGAAGUCAUCAAAAGGAAUAGGAAUUCUGGGAGGUUGUCUUCUUGGAUUAGUUUUCAUGAUCAUCUUCGUGUCUGAUGUAUUCAUUAUCAAAGCCCACUUGAAAGCCAUGUAUCGCAAUGUUUUAAGACUAUUUAGACCAUCGCCCAUUGUGCAUAUUUACAAAUAAGUUGAUUGAUAAAUGCAUGUGAAGAAAUUUAAUGUUCUAAACUAGGAAUGGCUAAAUAAAAUUUCAAGUUGAAAUACUAUAAUAAAAAAGAUUUAACAGCAUGAUAGAUUAUCUUUCUUUCGUCAUGUCAACAUCAACAGUGCUUUCAGUGGUGUUAUAUAAAGGAAAAUAUUUGCAAUU